AUGUUCUCAGAGUACUCUUGCUCACGAUGCGGGCAUCAGGUGGAGAACUGCUUGUUCCGCGUGCACAGGUACUUCCUCGAGCGCGACUCGACGUUCUUCAAGGACUUCUUCCAGCGCACGCUCUCCGGAACGGGUAUGGGCAAGACGGAUGACACGGCCAUCAAGCUACAGGACGUCUCGCGACGCGAAUUCGAGUGCCUACUUCACUUCCUCUAUCACGGCGCGUCGAACUCGCAGAACGACUCGAUCCUCAACCUCGUCCUGCUCCUCUCUACCUCCUCCGCGCUCACCUUCCCUGCCGCGCGCACACACGCAAUCACCGCACUCGAUCAGGCGUCCCCGCCGCUCGACCCCGUCGAGCGCGUCUUCCUCGCGGAGAAGUACAACAUCCCCGCGUGGCUGCGGCCCGCGUACGUCGAGCUCUGCUCGCGCGCACACCCGCUCGAGGACUCCGAGGCAGAGGUGCUCGGCCUGCAGACAACCGCGCGGCUCGCGCGUGCGCGCGAGGCGGUGCUCGAGGAGAAGGUGCAGGAGUGGCGGCGUGCGGUCGAGCGCGCGCAGAAGGGCGAGGGGCAGAUCACGAAGGAGGACAUGGAGGUGCGCGAGGCGAAGGUCGUCGAGCGCGUCGUCGACGACAUCUUUGCGACGGAGCGGUAG